GAGAGUGUUGGCCAUGUCAAUCAACACAUUAUAUUAAAUUACUUUUCCCAAAGUUUGGAAGCAUUUCCUGAAAGCUGUCAAGGGUAUUAGUUUUUCUCUCUCUCUUUAAAUCACAAAGCAAAAUUCCACUGUCUCUCCCCCACCCCUUCUAAAAAAAAAAAAAAAAAAAAAAGUUGUCGAGUUUUGCUUUUCUAUUCACUGCAGUCCUGGCCAAAGUAAAGCCCUGUUUCUCAAUGACGUCAAGAUCUUUACCAAGAUUAGGCUUUCAUUUCUCUAUUGCAGCAAUUAGCCAGGGAAUGUAUAAAAGGCUUCAGGGAGACUCACUGGGCUGCAGAGAGAGGCGCUUUGCACCACAGACAGAUAGCAGGAAGGAAAGACAGAGACUGAGAAAAAAGAGGAGUCGGUCGGUCCUGGGGAAGGAGAGAGUGAGACUGGGAGAACGAGAGACACAGAAAGUGUGUGUAAAACGGAGUAAAGCAAGAAAAAAAAAGCUACCCUUAAAGCACAUUUAAAAAACAACUCUGGCAUUUCAAGAAAGAAACAGGCUACGUUUAAAGAGACAAUGAAAGGCUAAAGAAAAGUUUAAAAUCUCUGCCACAGUCUCAUAGGUGCUUGGAAAUGAAAGUAGAACUGCCUGUCUUUAACGGACUCUGACAGGGGUAACUGGAUUAGGGACGGGUACGCCAGUGGUUUUUUUUUUUUUUUUUUUUUAACAUCUUAAAUCCUGAAAAAAAAAAAAAAAAAAAAAAAGCAGCAGCUCCGAAUUGAAUGAAUUGAUGGGCACACUCCAACUGCUGGGCUGGAGAGACUGGAGUUGGUCUUGCCAUUUCUGCUUCUUUGAAAGAGGAGACAACUUGGGCUUCCUUUUAAUUUAGUUUUUUCCCCCCCUUCUACCCCCACCCCCAACCUUUCCCCUUACCUCCCCCACCCCCCUUUAUCACCACCCCCCUUUUAAAUAAGAGGGUGAAGGGGAGCCAGAGCGCACAAGGGAACUGACUCAGGAGGCAGAGAAGAUGGGCAUCCUCAGCGUAGACUUGCUGAUCACACUGCAAAUUCUGCCAGUUUUUUUCUCCAACUGCCUCUUCCUGGCGCUCUAUGACUCGGUCAUUCUGCUCAAGCACGUGGUGCUGCUGCUGAGCCGCUCCAAGUCCACUCGCGGAGAGUGGCGGCGCAUGCUGACCUCAGAGGGACUGCGCUGCGUCUGGAAGAGCUUCCUCCUCGAUGCCUACAAACAGGUGAAAUUGGGUGAGGAUGCCCCCAAUUCCAGUGUGGUGCAUGUGUCCGGUGCAGAAGGAGGUGACAACAGUGGCAAUGGUCCCCAGGAGAAGAUAGCUGAGGGAGCCGCAUGUCACCUUCUUGACUUUGCCAGCCCUGAGCGCCCACUGGUGGUCAACUUUGGCUCAGCUACUUGACCUCCUUUCACGAGCCAGCUGCCAGCCUUCUGCAAACUGGUGGAAGAGUUCUCCUCAGUGGCUGACUUCCUGCUGGUCUACAUUGAUGAGGCUCAUCCGUCAGAUGGCUGGGCGAUACCUGGGGACUCCUCUUGGUCUUUCGAGGUGAAGAAGCACCAGAACCAGGAAGAUCGAUGUGCAGCAGCCCAGAAGCUUCUGGAGCGUUUCUCCUUGCCGCCCCAGUGCCGAGUUGUGGCUGACUGCAUGGACAAUAAUGCCAACGUAGCUUACGGGGUAGCCUUUGAACGUGUGUGCAUUGUGCAGAGACAGAAAAUUGCUUAUCUGGGAGGAAAGGGCCCCUUCUCCUACAACCUUCAAGAAGUCCGGCAUUGGCUGGAGAAGAAUUUCAGCAAGAGAUGAAAGAAAACUAGAUUAGCUGGAUAAAGGUAUGAUUUUUAAGAGAGCUUAUUGUUUUUAAAAAGCAUAUAAAGGCAAGGACAUUAAGAACUGGAUCCGUAUUUCAACAGAGUCCCGUUGCCUUACCGAAAGACAGGAGUCUGCCUUUCAGAAGAACAUGAAUCUCUGACAGCUCCAUACUUUCUUCACUACUCAAAUGGCAUUGGGCUAAGUAGUAGCCCCAUCACCUCUCUUCUGGUGAAAAGCCUUAUGUGAAAAGAUCCCAAGAUGGAGAGGAAGAAACCCUGAUUCAGCAUGUGUUCAUUCUGCAUUGGGAAGGAGCUGAUACAGGGGAUGCAUGCUUUGAGACCAGAAGAAAAGACUUAUCAGAAUAAUUACAUUAGGAAGCUACUGUCUACGUUAAGAUAAGGGGUAUUGUCUUUGCUCUAUUUGGCAUGGAUGAAGCCUAAUUGGAAAUUCCUCAAAUUUAUAACAAGUCCUUGAACCCAGCCAUGUGGUUAGACAUUGGUGUCAGGGUAGACCUUAGAAUCGUUUCUGAUGUUGCUUUUAGUUGUGUAGUGCUCUCAGUCUUCAUAGCCCAGAACUUACAGGUAUGUUUGUAGAUACCAAGAAUAAUCCCUCCAUCGAGGAGGUUAGAAUGAUCAUCUGAAAUGUGAGGGUUACUUCCUAGGCAGGUAGAGAGAGUGCUAGGAAAGAAAUCAAAUUGACAAGCUAGGAAAGAGGAGGCAGAAAGAUUUGGAAAAUUCACAGAGUUUCACCUUGAAGCUGUAGAGAGUAGAACUCAUUUGUUAGCCACAGAAAUACAGAAACACACACAAGACCAGAAAACGACGCAGCAGUGCCGCUAAAGGUGGCAUAGAGAAUACACAUAUAAAAAUAAUAUAUUUGUCAUAUGUUCCUAGAUAGAAGGAGAAAGGAGGGAUUGAAAGGAAAAAAAAUUCUUAAAUAUUUGUAGUUGUGAGGGGUUUCUGUUGGAAAUAAUUACUUUUGAAACAUGUAUGUGGUAUGUAUAUUUUCAGUGGGUUAAUUACACCCCAUAAUACCGUUAAAGGAAAACCAGUGCGUCUGCUGAUGCUGGUCUUUUCCUCUCCAUUCCUGCAGUUAUUAUGUGGCCAAGUCAUUCCUAAUCUCAGUCUCUAUAGCAGUGUUCUCUCUGAAUGCUGCGCUGAAGAAAUUAUACGUACAUACAUACAUGCAGAUGUAUAUAUAUUCUCAGCUGCUGUGGGGGGUAGGUACCAUGGCCAUUCAGCACAGCCUUGAUUUCCUCCCAAAGUAGGUGAACUAUAAUGAAGGAUAGGUGCAAACAAACAAGCUUACUUCCAUUGCAAAAUAGAAGAAGAGGAAGUUAUAGAUAAUUCCGAUCAAUAAUUUUGGAGGCUUUGUUAUAAGGCAACCCCCGGUAUCGUGGAAUUUCCAUUGACAUUUAAAUUUGGACAUGGAUCUUCCUUUUUUCCAUUAGUUGAGUUUUAGUAAUCUAAAGUCCCUAUAGUAUAUGAUUAUAAUGCUAUUUUAAUAUAUAUAAAAUAGUUUUUUCUUUUUAAAAUGGACACUAUAGUUUUACCCAUCAGUAAUAUUUAAAGAUCAUAGCCCCCAAAAGAAUAGAUGAACCAAUUUUGUAUCAUAUUUUUUUGAUAAAUAAGAGACUAUUAUAAAAUCAUAGUAUAUGAUUGUAUUUAAAGGUACAAUCAAAGGAUCUUUUGUUUAUUCCAUUAAUAACUGAAUAAAAAUAAAUUAAUAGAAAAAACUAAAGUUGAAAAUGCAUUCUUAAACUAGUUGUCUGAAAUGAGAAAAGAGUGGGAACUAGGUGUGCAAGAAUCAAAAGUAUUUUCUUAUUUUAAAAUGGGAGCAACAUAUCAGUCAUAUCACUAGCUGGUAUGUUGUGUAAAUAUUAAAGCUCCAUUGUGACAAAUAUUUUUUUUUAUGGCAGCAUCAGCUUUCUAAUGUUUUAAAUUCUAUAAAAACCACCCACAAAGAAACAAGGCAAAUUUCAAAAAUGUGAUGUUUUCUAAUGAAUUGCUGGAAAAUCAUAUUGAGAAUAAUUAUUUCAGAUUCCUCGGUUGUUAACCUCUACAUUCAAGACUUGUCUCUGCCCUCAUUGAUUUUUUUAUCUUCAAAACGGUGUCGAGAUUUACGUGGGACCCUAAAACAGUAAAAUAAAAAAUCUGGUUGCAGCACAUUCACACUGUUGUCCUUAAGCUUCCCCUUUAUUCAAUGUGUACGGUGAUGUAACAGUAUGUCAGAUAAGCCGGUGGGGGGAUGAGAUUUGGCUAAGGCAGUGCCAGUCGACUGGGGAAAAGGAUGAUGGAAAAAUCACCCAGUUGUGCUAUAUUUUUAAAGAAAGAGGUCGUUUAUGUGUGCAGACCUAUUCUCCCUGAGGAUAGCCCAAUGGAGAAAUGAAGCAGAGGAAGGAAACAUAGAAAGACACAGGCUAUCAGGGAGGAAGAUGCUCAAUAGAAUAUGUAAGAAUUUCUGGAAGAAAGGCUGUGGAAGGGCCAAUGGAGAAAAUGAAUGGACAAAGCUCAGGAAUCCUACACUAUGUAGAAUGUCUUGGUGUUAUCAGGGUAAAGCCUAUAAUUAUGUAACCUAUUUAUCUCAACAUAAAUUUUUGUGAUUUCUUGUGAUGCAUUCUUUUAUGAAAUUAACAAGAACUCAUUAUUUGAGGUAGAGGAAAAUCAAUGCUUUAGCUGAUAUGCUGAGAAAUUAUUAGAUUGCCAAUACUCACGUGCCUAUCAUGUGUUUUAUAAGGUAUGUGUUCCUUUGAGGAAUUGUAAUUCUUAUUCUCACAGGGAAAAGUGUAUCUAUUUAUAUAUCAUAGCAUAAAUCUAUGAUAUAUUUAUAUCAUAUAUAAAAGUCUGAGUUAUCUUUCUUAGUCCCUGAUCAUGUUUCUCCCAUAGGCUGUGUUUACACGGAGCUAUCAGUUUAGCCUUUUAAGCUGCAUUAGCUUGUCUAUUAUUAAAAUAGUUUCCAAGAAAUUUUAAAUAUUAUCAUAGCAUCUGGUUUUAUUCAAACCCUUAUUGUUUGAAUGACUUAUGUCUUGGAACUAUUAAAAACUGACUUUAUUUAUUGCUUAGUGAAAAUACUAGUGGGAUCAACAAUGACUUUCUUGAAUGGGCAUGAAUGGAAAUGUCUGCUCAGUAAUUUAGAAGUGUUUCAUACAGUUAUUAAAAUGUAACUGACCUCCUUAGAGGUAGAUUAGUAACUGUUUCUGCUUUGUAAAGCUAAGUGACAGCCACUUAAGUUACAUGACUUUCUAUUUUCAUGUGUGGUCUCUGGUCCUGUGUCUUCAACUCAUUUAUAGAAGUCCCCUUGGUUUUUGGUAAUAUCAACUUCCCAGUGUCUAUCUAGUUAAAUUAUUCUCCCAUUAACCAGGAAGUGCUUAUUCUUUCAUCAAGGUGGGAAGAAUAGCCUAUUGUCUUUCAUUUUGCCUGAGUGUAUUUUACUAUUUGGGUUCUUAAGUAAAAAUUAUGACAUAUGGUGAGGUCACAUGAUGGUGCUACCUUACUAGAGGGCAGGUUAAAGACAAUAUGUAUGCCUUUGGGAAAAUUCCCAGGUGGAUUACAAGGCGUCCUCAGAUUCCCUAAAGGGGAUGGAUUGAUCUGGACAUUUGUUCCACCUGAACUCUGACUGAUGGUUUGGAAAAUAAGCUUAAUUAGUAUCAUAUGACCAUUGAAAAAGAAAAAAUGUAGACCCUGACUUCUGUCCCACUGAAGGAUUAAUGAAAACCUUUACUAGCAUUUAGAGCUUUUCAGAACAUGCCCAAUGUCAUGUGUCUCAGCAGUGGGGACUGAAAGUAAGGCUUUUAAUUUUAGGAGCUUUUUUUUUUUUUUUCCUAAAUGGUAUCGCCAAAAAUCAGAGUUAAUAUAUAUAUAGUUAGAUUCCAACUUCCUUCUUCACUCCAAAACUAGAAUCCAAACCCACUCUUCAUAUAUACUCCCAGAAUGAGGCUUACGUACCAAUCUCUUUGCAAUUGGCACAAUCUUAGUCAUUUCCUGAAGCUCUCUAAGAAAAGAGGGGAUCUAGGGUGGGAGAGGUAGAAAGUUGCUAACUGGGAAAGAUGAGGCCCUGAGGGCUUGAUCUACAAAUCCGGGAAGAUUUGAAAACAAACUUCUCACGAAGGAAGGCUGAAGGCUUCUGCAAGUCAUUGAGUGACUUUAGGAUGAGCAAAACAUCGGGCCACUUCCUAAUGCCCUAUGUGUAUAAGCAACAGAAGCAAGGUCUCAGACUUAACAGACCCCUCUCUGUUCCAAGGUGAGUCUGAACCAAUAGAAAGCAAACAUGUGCAGAUAUCCAAACAAGACUGCUCAUGCAAGUCAGGGCUGGCUGCCCGUCUUAGGCAGCAACAGCAGAGCUCCAGGGAGUUUAUUCAAUAUUUACUGAGACUUCGAAGACCCAGCAGAUGUUUAAUGAAGUCACUAUUUUGGCUCAAACCCUCCAUUUCUCCCCCUCCCCUGAAAAAGCAAACAGGUAAACACACAAAUGAAAGAAACCCACAGAAGGGGAUGGGAAAUAAAAUUCUCUCAAGACUUCUCCAGGCCCAUGUCGCUGGUUAGUGUGGUUUUUAUGUGUGUUAGCAUUGGGGAAUGUGAAGAAAUAAGUAUCCAGUACUUUAUAACCAAAGCAAUUAAAUGAUAUUGGGUAGGGAAUGUUGGCCAGUUUUGUUUAGUUUUGCAUCACAUUAUCCCCAGACUCACUAGCCCAAGUAAUCGGGUACCCGAAGAGGGAGACAGAGAUGUGCAGAGUUGACCAGUGUGCGGAUGAUAACUACUGACGAAAGAGUUGUCGACUCAGUCAGUGGUUGGAUGUAGUCACAUUAGUUGGCCUCUCCCCAUCUUUGUAUCCCUGGCAAGGAGAAUAUUCGGGACAUGAUGCCGAGAGUACUGGGUAAAUGUGGUGAGAAUGCAUGUGUGCAGAUGCUACUCAUAUGUGCUUCUCAGUUGCAGAAAAAGAACUGCUUUGGAGAUUCUCAGUAGAAAGGGUGUUAUCAUAUUGGUGCUGAGUGGUAUGUGUGCUUAUACAAUUUGUUCCUGUAUUUUAAUAAACUUUGAAUAAAAGAAUAAAGCUA